CCAAGUGUCAUCAGCGCAAUGACUCAUCUACUUAUAACCACACAAACACCAAACUCAUUAUGUCCACUGAAAACAAGGGCUUGAUCCUCCUUUUUAACUCACUCACCAAACACUUACUUUAGACACACGCAUCAAAAAACUAUGAAGUCAUCACGCAUUGAUUUUUCCAUGUUCAACAGUCAAGGACAACACGAUGAGGACAACAUGUCACGUCUUCCAUGGAAGAGGGUCAAAGACGAGGACGAAGAGCUUGCCAACUGUCUUGUAUUGCUGUCCAAUUCAGGGAGUGCUUACAACAAGGAGCAUGGACACAUCAAAGAUAAAACCGUGAAAAAACAAAAAACCGCACAUGUUUUCCAAUGCAAAGGUUGCAAGAAAGUGUUUGCGUCGCAUCAGGCAUUGGGUGGACACAGAGCAAGUCAUAAGAAAGUGAAAGGUUGUUUUGCCUCUCAAGAUAAAAAAGCGGAGGAGGAAGAAGAGGAGGAAUACAAAGUGGAUGACGACGAUGAGGAGGAAGAGGAGGAAGAAGACAAGCCUCACAUCAUCACCAGAAAGAAAACUAACGCUCACGAAUGCACGAUCUGCCAUCGCGUAUUCUCAUCAGGACAAGCCUUGGGAGGUCACAAGAGAUGUCAUUGGUUAACACCUUCCACUAAUUAUCUUCGUAUGACGCCACUAAAUGAUUCUUCUACUCAUCACCAUCAUUCUCAGCCGCUAGAUCAGCCAUCUCUAGAUCUCAACUUAGCUUGCGUUGAUCCAACGGUCAUGAGCGUAGGGAGAGAUGGUGGUGGCAACAAUCUCAAUGCUACUUCAUCUAAUUCGUGGCUAAAACUCGCUAGUGGUGACUGGUCGUGAUGACUGAUUAAUAAAUUGAGUUGAUGAUUUUAUAUUUAUUCGCUUAUAUACAUAAAUAUACUCACAUACAAUUAAAGUACAUUAACCAAUUUAUAAAUUUGUAAUGGAUUUUAUUAUAUUAAUAUACGCUUCACGUUUCAGAGA